UCCCAGGGCUAGGAAUGCGCAGCAAUCAGGCAGGCUGGGGCCACGGCACCAGGGAUUGCAUAAAACAGGGAAACCCCAGAGCCCUGCCUACUGGACCAGGACCUGAGCAGCUCCGUCCAUCCGGCACUGGGGUCCAGGGACCCACCUGCGCUCCUUAGAACAGCCCUCAGCACAAUGAGGGGCCUCCGCUCUUUGCUCUACCUCCUCCUGCCACUGAGUGCCUGCUUCCCCCUGCUGGACAAAAGGGGGCCCACAGACAUCGUCGGUGACACCGGAGCCAGGAUGAGCUGGGCCCACCUGGCUGAGGGACGCAAACCCCACACAGUUCAAGGUCCUUCCCGGUGGCCUAGAGUACCACAGCCACAGGCCCUUCUCGUGGUGGCCAAGGAGCUGCAGGCCUCACGCAGGGAACACACCGGCUUCCGCCUUGGGAGGCAGGAUGGCAGCAGCGAGGCUGCAGGGUUCCUGCCCACUGACUCAGAGAAGGCCAGUGGCCCCCUGGGGACCCUGGCAGAGGAGCUCAGCAGCUAUAGCAGGAGGAAGGGAGGCUUCAGCUUCCGCUUCGGCCGGUGAGGGCCCGUGUGGACUCUAUCCGGUCUGUCUGUCCCCUGUCGCCCCCACCCCAACGUCAAGAACCCAGACUCGGAGAGAGCAAAGGCCUAUCAUAAUGAACUAAUGGUAGAUAGAUGUAUACCCAACUUUUCAUUUCCAACUUUGCUAAAGUGAAAAACCUAGGUGGUGUUUGAAAAAAACCAACCAACCAAAAAAACAAAACAAAAACAAUGUGUCCUUGUGCCAGCCCGUGACUCAGGCUGCUGUCUGUCCCAGCCUUCUUUCCCCCCUGGUCUGAUGGGAGCAGCUCCCAGACACAGGGGCAGGGCGCUGAGGCUGUGAUGGGGCCUUGAAUACAACAGGCCUGUGGCUCUGUUGCUCAUUUGUCGGUAGGUAGACAGAGAUUACAGCGGGAAAUCAAAGUUCUGACAGUCCCCACAGGGAUGCUGGAAGCUGACAUGUGAGGCGCCACUGUGAAAGAGCACACUCCACUGUGUAUACAACGUUGGUCUGAAAGUUAUAAAUGAAGGAGGAAAAAAAAAUAACCUGCCCAAACACAAACAAACCCAAAACAGUGUAUGUGCUCUCCAUCCCAUUAGCACAAGCUGCCUCUGGCAAGAGGGCCCCGCAGUGGAUGUUGGCUGGUGUCAGCAGCACCAAGCUUGCCCUUUUUGCCCUUUGGAUGGCCUGGGCAUCGCCUCUGGCAGCUGGCCUUGUCCAUGGUAGUGUUUGCCAAGCCAAGGGUCUCAUGGGAACUGAACUGUGAUUUUUUUUUUUCUUCUUCUUUUGCUUAGCAAGGUUGAGUUUCAAAUACCCCAACUAGGAA